UAACAGCCGAACAAGCAUAAUAACGGACGUAAGACGGGGAAAAGAGUUUGAGAUAAAGAGAAAGAGGAUGGCGGCUGGGUUAGGAAAGAGGAGCAAAAUAAACGGAGUUUUCCACGACGAUUUGUUGGGGGAGGUCCUGCAGCGUGCUCCGCCUGAAUCGGUGGCGCGUUGUAAAGCCGUGUGCAAGCGGUGGCGAAACCUAAUCUCGACCCCUUUUUUCUUCGGCCGUUUUUGCGGCCACCACCACCAGCUGCUAAUUAGCGGCGAAGAGGAGUGCGUCGCCACGCGCUGCUCCACCAAGGGGCAACUGUUCAUCUUUCAUCCCCGCUUUGAGCGCCAAUUUUCCCUGGACUUCCUGCCUUUUGACGAAGCUGCGAAAAGAAAGAAAUUCGUGAUGGGUUUCUGCGAAGGACUGUUCUUGUGCGAGCCAGACGACGGGAUCGCAGAUGAGAUGUUUUACCACAUAGCCAACCCGAUCACCAAGAAUUGGGUCGGGCUCCCAGCAUCGCCAAAGGUGCGUUCAGAUUUUGAGAUAGCUGUGGGCUUCGCCUAUUACCCUGGCCUUUCCGGCCCUCGCUUCAAGAUUGUCCAAAUUCUUUCGCCCAUUCACACCGACCCGGUGUCAGACUUUGAAGUGGACAUCUUUUGCUCGUGGACCGGAAACUGGGCUCGGGGAACGGUUACAUUUCCCGAGCCCAUCACGUGGACGUACUUCAUGCUAAUGCAAGCUGCCGUUUUCUACAAAGGGUACUUGCAUUGGAUGGAUGGGGGGAUGAGGACAAUUCUGUACGACGUCGAAAACGACGCGAUCGCUUGUGUUCUGAAUCGGCCCGAGGGCGCUGCCGUUGUCACGGAGGAGUUGUUUUGUUUUGGUACGUGCGGUGGCCGGUUUUACGCUUCGGAGCUGCACCAAGCGACAUUGAGGAUUUGGGAGCUGAAGCACCUGCAGGGGCAGCGGCCUGAGUGGAGUAUGCAGCGGCAGGUGCACAUUCCAAUAAUACCAGCUACACGCAGCCUACCAUUGCUGGCUAUCCAUCCAUGGGAUAUGAAUGUUGUUUAUAUAGGUUAUGGGAAACGGGCUAUUUCUUGCAAUUUGAGAACCUAUACUCUGAAACCCAUUUGCAGGAUAGUAAGGUACCGUUUGACACCCCUGAGGCUUCCACACAUUGCAUUCGAUAUGACAUAUAGCAUCAUGUUUCCCCCCUGGCCAACUUCCAUCCCCAAUACGGAGAAUGUGACAUCCAGUUCCAAAAAGCGAGAGUUAAUUUAAUUUAGGAUUUCUCAAAAAACUGUUAUUAAAACCCCUUAGUUAGUGCGUGGCUCCAAUUAUUAGUUGGAAUCGUAGAUUCCGGCCUACACUUUUUUUGUUUUUUGUUAUUUAUGUAGGAUAUUUUGAACAAACCUUAUCGGUACGUAAUUAGAUAUUUCAAAUGAGUGUUACUCAGUUUUUAUUUAUACUUUUAUGUUAUACAAAUCACAUUUUUAUUAUAAUCUACAUACUUUUAUUUAUAUUUUAAAUAUAUGUAUGUGUGGCUGACUGGCUGAGCACUAAAGUAGCUCGAUAGAGUUAGUUUUGAAAAUAUAUAGCUGAUUAUGUUUUAUAUGAUUAUGAUUUAUCUCAUUAAAUUUUAUAUGACUAAAAGUGGUUCUAUUCGCCUGAUCAUAAUGUUCCUGAUAUGGCUUUUUUAAGGUCUAGUUCAAUCUAAACUGAUUUUUUUUAUCUGCUUUGAUAUGGAAUUUCUUAAGGUGACAUGAUCUGAUUUGAAAUCUUUCUCAUCUGAUCUGAAUCUUUCAAAUCUAGUCUGAUUAUUAUAUAUUGUUGUUGUUAUCAUCACCACCACCACCAUCGUAAUCACCGUCACCACUACCACCAUCAUCAACAUCAUCACCACCACCAUCACAAUCAUCAUAAUCACUGACAUCAUCAUCACCACCACCAACAUCACCACCCAUAUCAUCAUCAUUAUCAACAUCAUCACCAUCACAACAAUUUGGAAACAUACUGUAUCCAUUUGAUUUCAUUUUUGAAUUCAUUGAUUAUUGGCUGUAUGGAUAUAAUCAGAAAGGUUCUUGUCUCUGGCAUUUGUAUGGACCAUCAGUUGCUUGAUCUAGCUUUAGGUAGUAAAACCUUUAAAAUGGAAGUGUUGAGAUUAGUUGGUCACCAUGGCGCGCGGAAAUCAUCCUGUAUUCCUAUCUGAAACCUUCACAAUGGAAGUGUUGAGAUUAGUGCCUAGAAUCACAAUUAUGCAGUUGAUAUUCAGUCCCUCCCUGAAUGAUGUUGCAGCGAUACUUGCUUCAAUCCAAUCGUUGCUUUGUGAUCCAAAUCCAAACUCACCUGCCAACUCAGAAGUUGCACGACUGUUUAGUGAGUAUAACUGCAGGAAGGUGCGUGAGAUUGUUGAGCAAAGCUGCGCAGCAGACUAAAUUAAAUCUGAUGUAGGUCUCCUUAGCUUGCUCUGAUUUAUACCAGCUGGUUGCUUCUCUAGCUUUGGUCUCUUGAACUCAUUGUUGUUUGAUUCAUGAACUAAAGAUGCAAUCACCAUUCCCCAAUGUUCGUUAUCUCUACCCUGUUGCUUAUAUAUGAGACAGUGACUGUACAUAAUUCUCUUGAAUCUGAGCUGUGGAACUUUCCCCCCAGUAGGUGUCCACCCUUAGGAUCGGAGGUGCCUGUAUGUUUGGCUUAGCUUUUGGAUGUCUAAAAGCAUUUUUAUUGCAUCUAUACGUACGUUUAGACCAUGUUUUUGCUCUACUGCAAACACCGUGGCCUGACUGCUGGCCACUUAACUGUUGGUAUCCUAGCUAGCUAGUCCAGUCAAGCCUGAAGAAUGGUGUGAAACCAAGUGCGUGCAGUGGAGGUCUCCGGUUGAACGGUGAGUGCUUGAGAACAGAGUUAUAGGAUGCCUUGUUUGUGGACAUCACAAGUCAUCAAAACAAAAGCUCUCGAGAAAGGAAUGCCCAUAACCAAAGAUUUUUACUUGUGUGACAAUCCAAGGAUGGUACGUGUAUUGAAAGUGAUCAGUGUAGUCAUAUAACAGCAUCAAUGGUAGUAAUGUUAUCAGCAAUGGUUUAAUGUCAAAAA